UCAUCUCAUAUACUAUAUAUUGUUACUUCCUUUGUUCAUCCAUUCUUCAUCACAGAUAAAAUUGAUACCAUAAAAACUACUCUACAAAUUGAUCAAUGGCAUCCCUUCAAUCAUCAGCUUCCUCUUCCUCCCCCAUGCACAGGUUUUCCAAGAAAAGAGGAGCUAACAUCAUGUCCAUUCUUGAUCUAAGAAAGUCAUUCACUACCACAACUUCCACUAUUUCUCUUCAUGAUCUUCAAGCUGGAGAACUGCCCAGAAAUUUCACUUCUUUUAUUGACAAAUCACCAGCUAAUUAUGAUCAAAUGGUGGGAUCGGAAAGAAGCAGCAAAUCAGCUGCAUAUCCUUUGGUGAUGGAAAAGCUUUAUGCAAUCUUAGAAUCGAUUGCAGAUAGAGUGGAGAUGCACCAAAAUAUUGGACAGCAGAGAGAAAACUGGAACAGCCUUCUCUUAACAUCCAUCAAUUCGAUCACGCUCGCGGCCUCCACCAUUUCUGCCAUUGCAAUCUCAUCAUCAUCCACCAUUCCUGAAGUUCCUGCUUUGUCAGCCUUGAACUUGUCUUCUACUUUUAUGUUCUUGGCAGCAACCGGGAUGUUGGUGAUUAUGAACAAAAUCCAACCUUCCCAGCUCGUGGAAGAGCAGCGAAAUGCCGCAAGGUUGUUUAAGCAACUGUACAACCAAAUCCAAACAAAGGUUACCAUUGGAAAGCCUACACAAACUGAUGUCAAUGAUGCCAUGGACAAAAUCUUGGCUCUCGACAAGGCCUAUCCUCUGCCUCUCCUUGGCGUAAUGCUCGAAAAAUUCCCAUCUCAAAUUGAACCAGCAGUGUGGUGGCCUCAACAGAAUAUGCAAUCUAGCACUGACAACAGUACUAAUCAGCAGCAAUCGGCAGAAAAUGGAUGGAAUUCCAAGCUUGAAAGCGAAAUGAAAGCGGUUGUUGAAGUUGUGAGGAGAAAGGACAAGGAGGAAUAUUUAAGGCUUGGUGGAAAGGCAUUGAAGUUGAACAGAAUGCUGGCAGUGAGUGGACCUGUAUUGACUGGAAUAGCAGCCAUUAGUUCUGCCAUUUCUAGCUGUAAUGGCUCUAGUAGUUUGGCUUCCAUCAUGGCAGCAACAGUUUGUGGUGGAUUGGCAAGUAUGGUGAAUGCCAUGGAACAUGGUGGACAAGUUGGUAUGGUGUUCGAGAUGUACAGAAGCAAUGCUGGAUUCUUUAAACUUGUUGAAUACUCCAUUGAAUCUGAGCUGAUGAAAGCUUAUGAGACCAGGGAAAAUGGUGAAUUGUUUGAGAUGAAGAUGGCUCUGCAACUGGGAAGAAGCCUAUCAGAACUCAGAGAUCUUGCAUCUAAAUCAUCUUCUAGUUUCAGAGGAGAUGAUCAUCAUCAUCAAGUGGUUGAGGAGUUUGCAAGCAAACUUUUCUGAUGCAGAAUUUAGUACCAAUACACUUUUCUGCAAAAUCAUGAGAUUAACUCACUUAUCAAAGUUAAAUGAUUGUCGAAUAGGACUAGUGCUGUGUAUAGAUACAGUUCAGAUGAUAGAUGUGUAAAAAUUUAAGUAUUCGUUGAUUUGUGAAUAUUUGACUUACGAAUAUUAAU